AUUGCAUAAUCGUCAUAUCUUUAUUCAAACCUUUUCCGUCGUUGAUGAGUCUGGCUGUUCCGUCAACUUCCCACUCGUAGCAAAAUGUUAGCUCAGUCGCACUUCUUCUCUAAGUCCUUCGAUCUGAUUCCGCCACCGUCUCCGGUGUUGCGGUCUGAAAUUUCCUCUCUUCGUCUCUCUUCUUCUUAUAGAAACAGCCGAUUCUCCUUUCUAUCUUCUUCUGCAAUCGCUGUUCCCGUCUCCCGCCGUCGGAUCUCACUGACAAUGGCUUCGAACUCUAAACGGCCUAACGUAAGCGAAGAGUCUCCUUCGAAACUGAGCGAUACUGAGCUGGAUCGAUUCGCCGCUGUAGGUAAUGCAUUAGCUGACGCUUCCGGCGAGGUUAUCAGAAAGUAUUUCCGGAAGAAAUUCGACAUUGUUGAUAAAGAUGAUAUGAGUCCUGUUACAAUCGCUGAUCAAAUGGCUGAAGAGGCGAUGGUUUCUAUUAUAUUCCAGAAUCUUCCUUCUCAUGCUAUAUUUGGUGAGGAGAAGGGUUGGAGAUGCAAAGAAGAAUCUGCAGACUAUGUUUGGGUUUUGGAUCCAAUCGAUGGGACAAAGAGCUUUAUUACAGGGAAACCCGUGUUUGGUACGCUGAUAGCUCUGCUCUACAAAGGUAAACCAAUUCUAGGACUGAUUGAUCAGCCUAUUCUAAAAGAGAGAUGGAUAGGAAUAAAUGGAAGAAAAACUAAAUUAAAUGGGGAGGAUAUCUCAACGCGAUCUUGCCCAAAUUUAUCACAAGCAUAUUUAUACACCACUAGUCCACAUCUUUUCAGUGGAGAGGCAGAAAAGGCAUAUGCUCGAGUUAAAGACAAGGUGAAAGUGCCAUUAUACGGCUGUGAUUGUUAUGCUUACGCUCUCCUGGCUUCUGGAUUUGUCGAUCUUGUCAUUGAAUCCGGUCUAAAGCCAUAUGAUUUCCUUGCUCUGGUGCCUGUAAUAGAAGGCGCUGGAGGUACCAUAACCGAUUGGACUGGUAACCCAUUUCUGUGGGAGGCUUCAUCCAGUGCAGUUGCGACAAGCUUUAAUGUAGUUGCAGCAGGAGAUUUAGACAUCCAUCAGCAGACUUUGGAGUCACUUGAGUGGCAGUGAAAAGCUUUCACUGGAGAGGAUUAUCAAGGUACUAUUCAGGGAAGGCAAGAUCAUUCAUUUGUAUCUCAGAUGUAAAAUGCCUCGAAGAUCUCAAGAAACCAACCCAAACUUUUGAUGAUGACGAUGAUGAUGAGGCUUACAAGAAGAGGAAGAAGAAGAACAAGCAAUCAUCUUCAUCUUCAUUUUCUGCUGCUAUUAACAGCAAUGUGAAUUUUUCAAACUACCCUUGUCGAAGAGUCUCUAGUAGCACCCACUGCUCCUCACCUUGUGUUGCUUAGGAAAAAAGAAGAUUACAUUUUCUCAAUUUAUUUAGUAGCCCCUUUGGUUUUAUUCUAAACCCAAUACUGAAAACACAAAUUUCAGUGUGUGGGGGCGUCAUUCAUAUCCAAUUUUGAUUUUCCUUACUGUUUUUUUUUUGUGGUUAUCUUUUCUUCUUGCGCAAAUUAUGUAGAUUUGGAUGUGUUUGUUCCAAUUUGCGUAUAUUUUGUUUGGGACAGAAUGUUGGAAAUCCUUUUGAAUGUAAUCAUACGUACGCAUAGAAAUGAA